CCGCAGUUGCGGCGGUUGCGGCGGUUGCGGCGUCGAGCGGCGCGCGGCUCGCGCGGCGGCGCUCGUUGCUGCUCGAGCCGCGCGAGGCGCCACACGACAGAGAUCCAAGGAACUAGUGCAAACAUGGCGGCCGUCUUGCAGGACCACGGAGGAAAACAUGUGGAUGAAAAAGACGAUAAUCUAGAGGACGGCGACGAGGAGGACGAUGUCGAGGACGACGCCGGAGCUCCAGAGGCUGCCAAGAAGAAAAAGAAACGCAAGAAGAAAAAGAAGAAAGCACCGCAAGAGGUCGACGGCGAGAAUCACGAUGGAGCCACGGCUGGAGAGGUAACAGAUCUACUCGAGCAGCAACAACUCGAUGAAGCCGGUGAAAAGAACGACGAGAAAGGGGAUGCAGAGGAAGCCAAGAAGAAGAAAAAGAAGAAGCCAAAAGGGCCCAAACAGCAGACGGACCCACCAUCAAUUCCUAUCUGUGACCUGUUUCCCGAUGGGAACUUCCCAGUCGGACAGGAAAUGGAGUAUCCCAUUCCAAACGACAGCCGCACGGGAAAAAACCGGAUGACGGACCAAGACAAGAAGGCCAUGGAGGGCAUGUCUCAAGACCAGUACAAGGAGAUCAGGCAAGCGGCUGAAGCUCACCGCCAGACAAGGCAGUACAUGCAGAAGACAAUCAAGCCAGGAAUGACGAUGAUUGAGAUCUGCGAGACCUUGGAGUCGACGGCCCGCAAGCUGAUCAAAGAGAACGGCCUGAGUGCCGGGCUGGCCUUCCCGACGGGCUGUUCACUCAAUCACUGUGCCGCCCACUACACGCCAAAUGCCGGGGACCCCACCGUGCUAGGGUACGACGACGUAUGCAAGAUCGACUUCGGAACUCACAUCAAUGGUCAGAUAAUCGACUGUGCCUUCACUCUAACAUUCAACAACAAGUAUGACAAGCUCCUGGAGGCUGUCAGGGAUGCCACUAACACUGGAAUCAGGACUGCCGGGAUAGACGUCAGGCUGUGCGACAUCGGCGAAGCCAUCCAAGAAGUGAUGGAGUCCUACGAAGUUGAACUAGAUGGAAAGACUUACCAGGUGAAAUCGAUCCGGAACCUGAACGGCCACUCCAUUGGACCUUACCGCAUUCACGCGGGCAAGACCGUGCCCAUUGUGAAGGGCGGGGAGGCAGUCAGGAUGGAGGAGGGAGAAGUGUAUGCCAUUGAGACAUUUGGCAGCACUGGCAAAGGUUAUGUGCACGACGACAUGGAGGUGUCCCACUACAUGAAGAACUUUGAUGCAGGCCGGGUACCCCUCAGGCUGCCCCGGUCCAAACAGCUGCUGAGCGUGAUCAACCAGAACUUUGGGACGCUGGCGUUCUGUCGUCGCUGGCUAGAUCGCCUGGGCCAGUCCAAGUACCUGAUGGCCCUGAAGGAUCUCUGUGACAAAAGCAUUGUGGACCCGUACCCUCCUCUGUGCGACACCAAGGGGUGCUACACAGCACAGUUUGAGCACACCAUCAUCCUUCGCCCUACCUGCAAGGAGGUGGUCAGCCGUGGAGAGGACUACUGACCCCGGCCUGGGCCUAACUCUUGUUUGCCUUGGCUUCUGCUUCAGAGACUUCCUUGGCACACAGUGCCCGAUUGUUUUCUUUGUUCCUGAUUUGGUUUAUGUAAGGAGCAGCCUGGAAAUGAAAAAGAAAAAAAAAGAAACAUUGCUGCUAGUGUUCUCAACAGAGGUUGCAUUUUUUCUAAUUUUUUUUAUUCUACUUUAAAAGGAGGGUUUGAUUUGUUGUUGUUUGGAACAAGAUAAAGGAUGGAUCCCUA